UUUGUUCGGAGGAGAAUUUGAGGGGGGUUCCAGGGUGAACCCCCAUGCCCGACGUCGGCGUGGUGAUCGAAGGAUACCGCAGAGAUGAACGUGGUUGGGCGGGUGGGGUCGCUGAUCUCGCAGGGCGUGUACUCCGUCGCGACGCCGUUCCACCCUUUCGGCGGCGCGGUCGACAUAAUCGCGGUCGAGCAGCCUGACGGCUCGUACCGCAGCACGCCCUGGUACGUGCGGUUCGGCAAGUUCCAGGGCGUUCUCAAGGGUGCGGAGAAGGUUGUCACCAUCACCGUCAAUGGCGUGGACGCGAACUUCCACAUGCUGCUUGACAACUCUGGCCAAGCCUACUUCAUGCGGGAGCUUGUGCCUGGCAGCGAAAAUCCUGGAACUAGUUCAGAGGAAGAAGAAGCUAGCAGUGGACCUGAACCUCCGGUGAGGAGUAAGAGCGACGGGGAUCUGUACAUGGGGACGAAAGACAGGCCGGGUAGUCCGGAGUUGAAUGUAGAGCGUCAGGAGAAGCAACCUUUAGAGGAGUUUGAUUCAUACAGUUAUAGCAGGUUGGAGGUAGAGGAAGAUUCAGAAAAGCAACCUGAUGGGGGCAAUUCAGAGAUGGUUUUGGUUAGUGUGGAUGGGCAUGUUCUCACCGCCCCCAUCUCUUCAACGGAGGAGAAUAUGGAGGAUGUGCAGCUAAGUGACCCUCAGUUUCAUUUGGGACCUGGGGAGAGUUCAAGUGGUGACUUCAGCCGCAGUGGCGAGGUGUGGGAAGCUGGCAUUGUGGGUGAUUUAUACAUACAACAGGAAAAGGUUAAGUUUGAUUCUGGAAAUCAACAAGAGGCUUUGGAGGAUCUUUGUGAUGUACCAAUUGAGAAGGAUAAGUCACAUAAUGUCCCAGUUAAUGAAGAUGGAGUGCUCCAUGCCUCAGUUAGUGAAGAUCUGGCUAGUGUGUUGACCAAUGAAGACGAGCCUCUAGUUGUCCCAGAAUCGGGGAAUAAUGAUGACAAUUAUCAACCCUUGAUCAAUCUAGAUGAGGCUUAUGACAUCUUAGAGAACAAAGAUGAGGGUUGUCAACCUCCUAACCAAGAUGAGGUUCGCGAUGACUCUAAGAAGAACAAUGAUGAGGGGUAUCAGCCCUUGGCCACUGAAGAUGAGGCUUGCGAUGUUCCACUGCUUGAGAAUGAUGAGACUUGCCAUGUUCCACUGCUCGAGAAUGACGAGGCUUGCAAGGUGCCAGCUAGUGUAGGCAAGGUUUGUGAUGUCAGCUAUGAGGACACUGAGUUUGAAAUGGCCAGUCCUAGUUUUGGCAAAUAUGAUACAUUUAAAAGUUGCUUAGACCUGUCAUCACAGAUAGAUGACGGAGAUUCGGGAACUGAACCAUUUUCUCCUGAAUUUGAUCAUCAAAGGGAUUCUGAACUUAGUCUGAGUAAUCGUUCUGUUGUUGACAUCGAUCUGGAGGAAGAUAUAUGUAAAACUACCCACUUUGAUCGAAAUGGUCCGUUACAGUAUCUAGAGGAGGAAAUGGGUGUAUCAGCCGAUACUUCAGAUGAUAAAACAGAAAACGAGGACAGUUCUGCCCACCGUGGCAAGGAAUCUGACAUGUCCUGUGUAGAAGGUUCUAAUGGCAAGACCAAGGAGAUGGUGUCUUCUGAAAAUGAAGCUGAUAAGCUUGAUGGUUUAUAUUCAUCCAUCGGAACCAGUGACAAAGACAAAUUAGGUAGCAUUCCAGAGAAUUCAGCAGCUGAAGAGGAACUAAAUAAAGAAGAGCAUCCCAAAUUACACAAGGGCUUGGGGUUCGAAAUUUCUCUUUGUGGGCACAUACUACGGCCAGGAAUGGGUGAAGCAUCAGCUGAAGAAGUUUUCCAACAACAUCUUGUUCUUGAGGAUGAUCUCAAGUUAUCGGGAUCAUCAAUUAUGAGAAAUGCAAACCUUGUUGUCAAAUUUGAUAGUAAAUAUUUCCUAUGGAGUAAAAUUUCUCAUAUUGUUCUUGGGAAGGCUGUGUUUGGUCCGAACUUCUGCACAGAACAUAUUGAUGCUAUUCUGGUUGAACACCAAGAAACACCUAGUUCAAGAGACUCUCUUGGGCUGUCUCCCUCAAGCAGGAGAUGGAGGCUUUGGCCCAUUCCAUUUAGGAUAUCAAGAUCCCUUCAGCGCAGUAAUAGUGAUUCAUCCGAGGACAUCUUUCUUGAUACAGAGACUGUCUUGAGUCCAAUGGAUGAGCAAGCUCCAGAGAACAAUAUAAACCAGUCACCAAGAAAACAAUUUGUCCGAACUUUAAUUCCCACCAGUGAACAGGUGGCAUCAUUAAAUCUGAAGGAGGGCCAAAACAUUGUAACUUUUAGCUUCUCCACCAGAGUUCUUGGGAAACAACAGGUUGAGGCUCACAUUUACUUGUGGAAAUGGAAUGCUAAAAUUGUCAUAUCUGAUGUGGAUGGAACGAUCACAAGGUCUGAUGUGCUGGGCCAGGUCAUGCCUUUAGUUGGACGAGAUUGGAGUCAGUCUGGUGUUGCUCGUCUUUUUUCUGCAAUAAAGGAAAACGGUUAUCAACUAUUAUUCCUCAGUGCUAGAGCUAUUGUUCAGGCAUAUCUGACCAAAAACUUUCUAUUCAAUCUAAAACAGGAUGGAAAGGUAUUGCCUAAUGGACCUGUUGUGAUUUCACCUGAUGGUUUAUUUCCGUCACUAUACCGGGAAGUUAUACGAAGAGCACCACAUGAGUUUAAGAUUGCAUGUCUGGAGGACAUUAAAGCACUUUUCCCUUCUGAUUACAAUCCAUUUUAUGCUGGAUUUGGCAACCGAGAUACAGAUGAGCUUAGUUAUAAAAAGAUGGGAAUUCCAAAAGGGAAAAUCUUUAUCAUCAACCCGAAGGGAGAAGUAGCCAUAAACAGUUCUGUCGACGUGAAGUCCUAUACCUCCUUACAUACGCUUGUCCAUGAUAUGUUCCCUCCAACCACUCUUGUUGAGCAGGAAGACUACAAUUCCUGGAAUUACUGGAGGAUGCCAUUGCCAGAUGUUGAUCUGUAGUGUAGUUUUAACAAACACAGAAGUAGAUACCACUAGAUUCUGCGUCAGCAUAACAAUCAAGUUCGUGUACACUAAUUCUCAACGGUACGGUGGAGUUCUGUCCAAUCUGUAAAGCAUCUCAGGAGUUUCCAAAUUUAUGGUUUUGAUCUCCAACGCAAAGGUUGCCAUUUUAUUUGCUUUGACGAAGCUCUCAGGAUCAUACAUCUUUUAGGAAGUGAUCUGAUACUCUUCGUCGAACUAAAUGGCCUGAGCUUGCUAGCUUUCCAAAUUGUAUCAGUAGCUGCUAGCCAGCAAUUUUUUUUUCCUUUUUUCUUGUAGCUGCAGCUACCUUUUGAUUAGAUUACUCCUGGUUGAUGGAAGCAACAGGCAACCUAAACAGUCAAAACACGUUGUAUGUUGUACAAGAGAAAACACUAUACAUUUUCUACCCCA